AGCGAGCGAGCGAGCGAGAGAGAGAGAGCGAGAGAAAGAGAGGCACUCACAGGGUAGAUAUCAGCAGGGGCAACAGAUCUGGAUUUGCUUGGCUGAAAACACCAAACACAACGGGAUGGAUAUCUGCACGACGUGAACAAGACCGAGGAACACCCGCAUCACACAUUAAAAAAGAUCUCACUAUUCUUUCUUUUUUUUCUCUCAUGCAAAUCUAUUUGGAACAUCAGCCAGGAUGUCAGGGAUGGACGCCCUGUUGAUGGACCGUAACGAGACUGAUAUCUCUCCAAUAGACAAUGGGACUUUCCUCCGUUUCUCCCCAACCUCUGCUUCCACAUCUGCGGCUGCCUCGUCACCAGGACAUCCGGCCAACGUUUACGUUUAUGUGUGGCUCUUUCUCGGCCUGCUGGUAUUCCUCCUGACGCUGCUCAUAAUCUCCCUCCACCGGCUGAAAAACAUCAUCUCCUCCUCAUCAUCUGUCCCCGAUUGCAGCAGCGAGGGCGGGAGUUCCUUCACCAACAUGGAAAUCUGUAGUAUCUCAUCUCAGAGGUCCACCAUCUCCUCACUGUCCACCUAAGGGAGAUGGGAUGGAGCACAUAAAAACACAGAGACA